AUGAAACAGGAUGUCAAUACGAGGGACGAUGCAGGAGCAAACCCCUUGAUUUGGGCCUCACAAAACGGACACGGCCAAACCGUGCAGAUACUGCUAGAGCGAGGAGCCGACGUCAACGCCCAGGGUGGACGUUACGGCAAUGCCCUCCAGGCUGCUUGUUAUGGAGGACACGACAAGAUUGCACAGGUACUGCUAGAGCGAGGAGCCGACGUCAACGCCGAGGGUGGAGAGUACGGCAAUGCGCUCCAGGGUGCUUGUUAUGGAGGACACGACAAGAUUGCACAGAUACUGCUAGAGCGAGGAGCCGUUGUCAACGCCCAGGGUGGAGAGUACGGCAAUGCCCUCCAGGGUGCUUGUGCUAGAGGACACGACAAGAUUACACAGAUAAUGCUAGAGCGAGGAGCCGACGUCAACGCCGAGGGUGGACUUUACGGCAAUGCCCUCCAGGCUGCCUGUGCUGGAGGACACGACAAUAUUGCCCAGAUACUGCUAGAGCGAAAAGCCAAUGUCAACGCGGAGGGUGGACCUUACGGCAAUGCGCUCCAGGCUGCUUGUGAUGGAGGACACGACAAGAUUACACAGAUACUCGGCCCAGCACGGCCCAACUCCCACCGGGGGAGUUGGGCCGCACUGGUCUAA